GAUCGAACAACACUCCUUAUUUAAACAAUAGAAUUCACAACUUCAUUCGACCAAAGAAAAAGGUGUUCACAAUGGGAGUUAAUACUGAGGACAAAAAAGUUGUUUUCUUACCAAUUGAUGCCAGUGAUCAUUCUGCUCGUGCGUUUCAAUGGUAUCUGGAUAAUUUAAGAGGGGAAAACGACGAGUUACACUUUUCAUUUGUCAUUAAACCAAUAUUUACAACACCAACAGUUGAACUGGCUAUGGCAUCUUCACCAAUAACCGAUAUUAUGCAGUCAACACAAGAGGACAUUGAAAACGCAAAGAAACUUUUACAAAAAUACUUGAUAAAAGCAAGGCGUUUUGGUAUUUCUUGUCAAGCAUUUGUUCAUGUACAUGCUAAACCUGGACCAACUUUGGUAAAAUUCGCUGAAGAACAGAAAGCAAAUAUUAUAAUAAUGGGAUCCAGAGGACUUGGUUUGAUUGGCCGUACAUUACUUGGCAGUGUUACAAACUACGUAAUGCUUCAUACAAAAACUCCAUUGGUAGUUAUACCUCCUCCAGUAAAAUAAUUCUUAUCAACGGCUGUUUCAAUACUAUCUGCACUCAUUAACCGAGGAUAGCUU